UUCAUAUGUAGCCCGCGUUUGAUGGUAAAAUAUGAACGAGAACGAUAGCUUGAAUUGAGAUACUUAGUGUAACUUUACCGAAUUUGUAUUAUUUCUGUAUAAUAAAACGAGGGAGAACGGGCUAGCAUAUGCACUUUAGGAGCUGGGUUUAUUGACUUCGUUGGAGUUUACGACACUGGAAAGGGAAAUAACGCACCAGCCUAUUGCUAAUAAACAUUAGCACGGAUGGGGAGCAGCUGUUUGCGGUGGAUGGGAGGUUGAAACUUAGGACAGUGAUGUAAACGGACCAUGUGAAGAGGAUUGACAACACCAAGAAGCGUCGUUUUUGCUUGGGUCCGGGACAGCCGCGCUACCAUGUAUGCAAGCUCAAACAAUCCCACAAAGGCCGGCUCCAGCAGCAGCAUCACUGGGCUGCUGAGCGCUCUGUGUGACUGCAGCCUCUCUGGGGUAUCUUGGAAGCGUAGAGCCCUCGGAGGAGUUUCCAGAGAAGGUUUCCACCGAGCUCUCAAAAAACGGGCAUACAGCGCCCUGUUGUCUAAGCUUUUUCAAGAUGGCACCAAAGGGUCAGCCUCGAGACCGAGUGCCGCAGCCAAUACUCCACCCAGGAACAAAGUCCUAAUGAUGUGUUUUGACUUGCGAGUGGCUGGGUGCCGGGAGGAAGCCGAGGCGCUGGAGGACCAGCUGGAGAGGCUGCAUGAGGGAGCGUCCUCUGGUCUGAAAGAAGUAGACUCUGUGCUGGAACUCCUGGUGAGUCUUGCCGGCUCUGCACCUCCACCUUCUACCUCUUUCAGCAGGGACUAUAUGAGGCGAGAGAGGCCCGUGCUGCGGAGGCCUCGACCCUGGAGCUACCAGAGCGAGGACCUGCAAAGGCUUGAGGCCAGGGCGUGGGGUCUCGUGUGUGCAGAGGAAUGGGGGACUUUGGAGACUCUGUGUGGAACUCAGAGGUUGAUGUACUCUCUGCCGGGGACAGGGUUACUGGCUUUGAGGACUAAAGUGGAAGCAGAAGAAAGAUUUGAGAAGGAAACUAGGCUGACAUUGUUUGGGGCACUGCAACACACUCGAACAUCAGACAUGGACAUCAGACUGGACCUACCUCCUGUUCCCAGUAAUAUUGAUGUUACUGGGCUGGCCAUCAGGGUUCCUCAUUAUUUAGAUCAGUCUGAGGACGAGGGCUUCCAGUCAGCCUCCAACCUGACCCCAGACUCUCAGUCAGAGUCGAGCCCUGUUCCAGAUGUUGACAUCUGGGAGGCUGUCCGGACAUUUGAGCCUGGAAGACGCCGCUGCUGGGAGUCUGUUGGCUGCCCACCAGGAAAAAAGGAGUCCAUCUUUCUCACAGAGGGAGGGAGGGAGACUUUUGACCAGCUCUAUCGACUACGGGAGGGAGAGAUGAGGGUUGUGACUUCUGGUGCAUCUUCUCCUAUCUUCAUGCUGCCCCAGGACUCCCAGAAGCAAUUAGUAUCCGACCUCCUGAAUGUUCUGAUAGGAGUGGCGUCCACUACCUUCCCUCUCAACCAGAGCGUUCAGUUUGACGUCAGGCCCGGUGUGUGCGUGUCGGGAGCUUCUCCAGAGAGUGUGUCUCGUCUUCUGGGGGAGUUGGCCCAAUACGGCACCUACUACCUGAGGCUGAGCCGCUUUUCUCUCCAGAGUGCUGACAAGAAGGGCCUAGUCUUGCAGGCGUUCACUGGUGGUUUGAGGAAGUAUCUGCAUUACUACCGAGCUUGUGUUCUCAGCACUCCACCUACUCUCAGCCUGUUGACUAUUGGCUUCCUUUUCCGCAAAGUGGGCCGCCAACUCAGGUACCUGUCGGAGCUGUGCUGUGUGGACGGCCCUUCGGGUACAGGCCAGGCCACCUUCCCUGUGGGUGUUAAGCUGCUGUCCUACCUCUACAGUGAAGCUCAGAGUAACUGCAGCAACGAGAACUAUCCCGUCCUGCUGUCACUGUUAAAGAGCUGCUGUGAACCUUACACCCGGUUUGUGUCCGACUGGGUGUACAGCGGCGUGUUUCGAGACGUUUCUGGAGAAUUCAUGAUCCAGGUCAACGAGGAAUACCUUAGUUUCAGGGACAAACACUUCUGGGUUCAAGGCUACACUCUGAUCUCGAAGGAUGUGGAGGACUGUGUGCCAGUCUUCUUGAGACACAUUGCCAACGAUGUCUACGUCUGUGGGAAGACCAUAAACCUUCUCAAAAUCUGCUGUCCACAGCACUACAUCUGCUGGUCGGAGCUGCCGGUGCCUCGCAUCGCUGUCACCUUCUCCCUGCAGGAGGUGGAGGAGAUAGAGCGAGAAUGUGCGGUGUAUCGUGGACGCAUGGAGAGGAUUGCAAAACACAGCGCCAUCAGCAGGGAGGAGCAGGCCCUGCGAGCAGAGCGAGCGCGCCAGGAGCUGAUCAAUCAGGUCAGGGAGUCAGCAGCCAAAACCCUGGAGAGCAUCCGAGGGCACCAGGUGUCGCAGCGUUUGGCUGAGGAGGCCAAGAAAAGGGAACGCUUUGAGGAGCUGAAACAGCACCUGGAACAGGAGCAGGAGUGGCGAAAUGUAGCCAAGAAGAAGCAGGAGGAGGACGACUUCAGCUUUGCCAGAGAGCUGAGAGACAGAGAAAAGAGACUGCAAGCCCUGGAGGAGCAGCUGGAGCAGAGAGCCAGAAAGGAGCUGAUUGCUCAGUACAGCCGUUUGUCGGAGGAAGCAGCUUGCAGAGAGAGGAGGGCCAUGUGGAGAGUGCAGCGAAUGAGACUCGAAGAAGCCAGGGAACAGUUCUUCAUGCUCGACAGGCAGAAAAUUCAGGCAUUGCUGGAUAAAUACCCCUUAGGCCAGGAGAGCCCUCCCAUGGAUGUAUUGCCAUCUGGUCCCUCAUUCACACCACAACAAACCCAUGAGGAGCAGUUAGCAAACAUUCAAAGAUCAGAAGCUGUUUCCCCGCGACUUAAUCCAUCUGCAGCAGACCCUCUUCUCAUCUCUGAGGCCUGUGACAUCAGUGACCUUCUCCCUAAAUCACCGAAGCCUCACAGUCAGCAAGUGGAUAAAGCCCUGGAGAAGAUUGGCUCUGACCUACCUAAUGCCCGUCCUGCUCCACAACUCGUUGACUAUGACUUUAGUGCCACCUUUAGUCCGCUCGACGGUAUCGCCGAGCAAGCGUCAGCUCUACCCAGGACUCGGUGGGCACCUGCAGUCCAACCUCAGCUAAUGCAGAACCCCUUUCUCACUGAAGAAAACAUGUCUCAAGUUCAGGAAAAUGCCAGCUUUCGUCAAGGUCAGCAGACACAGAAGGAGAAUGAAACUACGAGUGUUCACAGGCAGCACUUACAGGCUUCUGGCUCAGGUAUAGACCAGGAUCAGCAUGAAGCUGCACUUGUAUCAGAACAAGAAGCAAAAGAUGAGCAGAACAAAGAUCAAACUAGGACUGAGCGAGUUGAGGCAGACACUAGAGACCAAAGCUCAGAGAGCCUAGAUAAACCUGGUGGAGGUAAUUCUCCUCCAGACCUUCAGAGCACUGCCCCCAUUACUAACGCAAAGGUUGGAAAGGUGGUUUCCGACAGAAGCUCCUCUCAGCCCUCUCUCAGCACCCAUGGCCAUUCGUCUGAUGCUCAUAUAAAGGUUGGACAGUUUGUCUCUGAGGUAACUGCUCAACUCCCCUCCCCUAACAUUCAUGGCCAUGCAUCAGACUCGCACAUCAAGAUCGGAGAACACAUGUCAGAAGUCAGCACCCCCACACCAUCCUCCAGUGUCCACGGUCACUCCUCUGAUGCUCACAUCAAAAUUGGAGAAUACAUUUCUGAGUUUGUACCUCCUCUUCCUGUCCCUAAUAUCCACGGUCACGUCUCGGACGCCCACAUCAAGGUUGGAGAACUCGUUUCUGACAUAGACGCUCCGUUACCGUCACCAAACGUUCACGGUCACAGUUCUGAUGCUCACAUAAAGGUUGGAGAAAAUGUUUCAGACAUUGCUGUUCCACGACCUGCCCCCAGUAUUCAUGGGCACUCCUCUGAUGCUAAUAUAAAAGUGGGUGAGUUUGUGUCUAAUGUCACUGAAGCGAGACCUCGUUGGAAUAAGCAUGGGCAUGCCGCGGACUGUAUCCUUCAGCCAGGCUGUGUUGUCUCUGGGUCAGAACUCCCCUCAGCCCCUCUACCUGGGAGCUCUUAUGGUCACUCCUCGGAUUCUAUCUUAGGUAUUGGAUGUGUAGUCCAGGGAAAUGAGCCCAAACGAUCUUCGUUACCUGGCAGUACCUAUGGCCAUUCGUCGGACUCGGCUUUGGGUGCUGGAUGUGCUGUCUCAAAAGCCGAUCCGCUUCCAUCGCCGCUACCAGGCAGCGCCUAUGGUCACUCCUCUGAUUCAACACUGGGAGUUGGCUGUGUGGUGCUGGGGUCAGAUCUACCACUAGCUGCUCUUCCAGGCAGCUCAUACGGUCACUCAUCAGACUCUUCACUAGGGGUUGGAUGUGUGGUGAAAGGAAAAGAAGGUCUCAACCGACAAAGGAUCAAGAACGAGGACGAUAAAGCUUCCCCUUCAGGCUCUCUUGUUGGUGGAUUGGGCUCCUGGACAUCGAGUUUGUGGUUGUCCCCCGGAGAGAAGUCACAGGAGGAUUACCUCAUGGCCUUAUCCACCCAGUACCAGGUGGAACACUAUGAGGACUGCUACAACUUACUAACUUCCUCCCCUGAGUCCCAGCUGCUGAAGCAGGUAACGCGGGGGCCCUGGGGCCUUCCCAUGGAUCCAACGCUUCGCAGAGCCACAGACACCACAGCUGUCCAGCUCAGUGAGAUGGUUUCCCUACCAGUGGUGAUAAAGCACUCCGUCACCGCCCCGCUCAUCACACAUGUGUUGUUGGUAAAUAAGGCUAUAGUGGACUACUUCUUUGUGGAGCUGGGGGUGGAAAGACACUUUGAGGCGCUGCGGCACUUCCUGCUGAUGGAGGAUGGCGAGUUUGCCCAGUCUCUCAGCGAUCUGAUCUUUGAAAAAAUGGCCAGUGGCCAGACUCCAGGCGAGCUGCUGACCCCAUUGGUUCUGAACUCCAUCCUCAGUAAGGCCCUGCAGUACAGCCUACAUGGAGACACCCCUUUAGCUUCUAAUUUCACCUUCGCCCUGCGCUUCCUGCCUGAAACUUUCCACCCCCAUGCCCCGGACUCCCUCAACUGUUUGGAGCUGCGCUACAAGGUGGACUGGCCGUUGAACAUCAUCAUCACCGACAGCUGCAUGAACAAGUACAACCGCUUGUUUUCGUUCCUGCUGCAGCUCAAACACAUGGUGUGGAGCCUCAGGGAUGUCUGGUUUCACCUCAAAAGGACAGCACUGGUGAAAGGCGCAGGUCGCUCUGUGCAGUUCCGUCAGCUGCAGCUCUACAGGCACGAGAUGCAGCAUUUUGUCAAAGUCAUACAGGGUUACAUCGCCAACCAGAUCCUGCAGGUUUCCUGGACCGAGUUCACGGCCAAGCUGGCCACUGCCAGCGACCUGGAUGCCAUCCACCGCACACACGCUGACUACCUCAACAGAGCCAUCUUCAGGGGUCUGCUGACAGAGAAAGCAGCUCCAGUCAUGAACAUCAUCCAUAGUAUUUUCAGCCUGAUCCUCAAAUUUCGUGCUCAGCUCAUUGCACAUCCCUGGGACAGACAGCAGGGGGAGGCAGUGCACCCAAGCUUCAUUGCCAUGCAGCAGUCGUACAACACUUUUAAGUAUUACUCUCACUUCCUUUUCAAAGUGGUGACUAAACUGGUGAACAGAGGCUAUCAGCCUCAUUUAGAGGAUUUCCUGCUUCGCAUCAACUUCAACAACUACUACAAGGACUCUUAAAGUGCAUGCUGGUCUGGUCUGCUGGUAAACAUCAGUUAAUUGGCUGAAACCUCCCUGCUUGCUGCUUUUAGAAGAUAUAUGUUGGAUUUUAUGAUGGUGUCCAAAAGUCCUUAAAUAAUCAACUUGCUGCCAACAUGCAUCAGAUGAAGCUCAUGUCUAUAUUGUAAUGCAUCUCAUGUCCAUGAAGUGUACAUUUGAAGCUAAUAUAAACUAACUGUUGAUGUGUGAAUAAAAUUGACAUCUUUUUUUAAAUAAAAGCUCUAUUAUGAUUUAAAAAGUAA